AGGCCGAGCUGGACGCGGACCUCGCAGCGGGAGGGCUUGGCGCCCCAGAGGAUGCGCCUGCGGGCGGGGCAGGCGCGGACGCGCGCGGCAGCCCUGGGCCCCUCGCGGGCGCGGGCGCGGAGCAGGCGCCCUGGUGGCCCAGGCCUGCGGCGCUCCAGAUCGAGGAGCUGCCGCCGCAGGCGCUCAGCUUCCUCUCCGCCCUGAUGGCGGGCGACGGGCGCCUGGCGGCCACCCGCGACGCAGUCCUGGCCCUGCUGAUGGAGGGGGGCGGCUUGGCGCGCUUCCAAGCGGCUGGGCUCAUGGAGGUGCACCGCGACCCCCUCGCCCAGGUGCCCGACGGCCCGCACGUGCGCCUGGCCCUGCAGUACCUCUACGAGAACGCCCCCGGCCGGGGGCCCUCGCGGGAGGCGGAGGAGAGCGAGGAGGCGCUCGCCGCCGCCAAGGCCGCCGCCACCGAGGCGGCCCACGAGCGGCUGGCGCGCCCCCGCGGCGCGGCGCCCGCGGGGCCCGGCCUGAUGGAGAUGGACUGACCGGCGGCGCGCGAGCGGCACGCAAGCGCCGCCUCCGGUCCGCUCCGCCGCGAUCCGCGAUCGCCGCUCCGCCGCGCCGCGCCGCUCUCCCAGGCAGCCUCGCGCCGCGAAAGCGUCGCGGCGGACGGCGGUUGGAGGCCCUCGGCUUCCGGGGCCGUCGG